AUGACCAAAUUUAGGGGCUGCAUUGAUAUCCAUUCCGGACAAGUUAAGCAGAUUGUGGGUGGGACAUUAACUCAAGAUGAUUCAGCAUCUUCUGAAACUUCAUCAACUAAAGAAAACUUUGUCUCCACCAAACCUUCCUCCCACUACGCACAAUUAUAUAAAGAUUAUAAUGUGAAAGGAUGUCAUGUCAUCAAAUUGGGAUCCAAUCCAGCCAAUGACGAUGCUGCAAAAUUAGCUCUUAGUACUUGGCCACACAAUUUACAAGUAGGUGGUGGAAUAAAUCUCGACAAUGCACAGUAUUGGUUGGAUCAAGGGGCAUCACACGUAAUUUUAACUAGUUGGUUGUUUACUAAAAAUGAACAAGAUAAGAUGGAACUCGAUUUUGGGAAAUUACGGGAAAUAAAUAAAUUAAUUGGCAAAGAAAAACUAAUUGUCGAUUUAAGUUGCCGAACAGUAAUUGAAAAUGGUAAAACAAACUGGUAUGUCGCAAUGAAUAAAUGGCAAACAAUAACAGACACUAUUCUUUCAGCCGAGUUUUUAUUAAAAGUCAGUGCCUACUGCGAUGAGUUUUUAAUUCAUGCAGCAGACGUGGAAGGGCUCUGUAAAGGUAUCGACGAAAAACUUGUGGAAAACUUGGGUGAAUGGUGCCCAGUCGGAUUUGAAGAAAAAAUAGUGUAUGCCGGAGGUGCCAAACUGAUCAACGAUUUAGAUACUGUUGCUAAGCUAAGCAAAGGGAAAGUCGAUUUAACUUACGGAAGCUCGUUAGAUAUUUUUGGUGGAAAAUUGGUUAAUUUUACUGACUUGGUGGAGUGGAAUAAAGCCAACAGCAAGACGAACUAG